CACAAAGCAGUUGAAAGAUCCAAUAGGGGUAGCAGAAAGGGCCCUGGAGGCAGACUUAAGUUUGGUAUUUAAUAUUUCAGGUAAAAUAUUCACUUAGCAUCAAUUAUCUUGUUGGGUUCUUCUUUUUUUUUUUCCAAAUGAAAUUGCCUCUGAAUCAGCCACUCUCUAAUUACCACACUGAAUGAUUGAAAUUUUUAGGGCAAUUAAAUUCAAGCCUUUCUUUUUCAGUCCUUAUGUUAUCCCCCCCUUUUCUCCCUCCCCUCUCCAGUCUGGAGCCUUUCUAUAAUUUGGAGGCAGUUGCAGAAGCAAGCAGGCCUUUAAAGCCAAGAUGUAUGUCUCCCUUAAUUCCUCUGUGGAUUUGUUUUAUAGACUAAGCAGAGAGGGUUCUGGUCUCUCAGGACACGUGCGUUACAAACACACAGUGUUGUGUGGGUUUUAUCCUAACAUGUCGUGUCAUUUAAAAACAUCUUUGAAGAAGUCAUUUAGUAUAGAAAUUUUGUGAAAAGACAAAGAUCAAGGUAAAAAGUACAUGCACUAUGGAAAAUGCCUGCAAAACUAAGGAGCAGAUUGAUGAUAAUAAUGAUGAUUGAUGAGAUAUUAGAUAAGAGAAAACAAACUCCCAAAGAAACAGUACAAAGCAUCUGUUAACAGAGCUGUUAGGAUAAUGGCUGGAUGAAAACACAAGUAUUCUUCCAAAAAAGGACACAAAAUUCAGAGGGUGGAAUCCUGGGCCCAGUGAACUCAGUGACAAAGCUGCUGCUCAUUUGGCUGUCUUGUCAGGAUUAGAGCCCUGAUCUUGCAAAACAAGUAACUGUAUUCUUAAAUGUAAGUAUGAGAGCUAUUACCUUAAUUUCAGUGGGACUGUAAAAGUCAAGUGGAUGCCUAACAGCUUGGUUGAAUCAGGAUUUAACCCAGGGAACCUGGUGUUUGAGGUACUUUGUAACAGCUGAAACAGUCCUUGCCCUGCAGAGCAUGCACUCAAAUCUAAGAUUAGAGAUGACAGCACUGCAAGGGGCUGGACCUGGAGGGAGAACAAGGUCCUUGUUCAGCUGCAUACUUCAAUGUAUGUCUGUCUCAACGUUCAGUUGGUUGGUGAAGCACUUUUGUGACUCAAGGCUCCAAAAAAGGCAAAGAAGAAGAUAGAAGGUGGUUCCAAUGUAUUCUCUAUGUUUGAACAAACCCAGAUCCAGGAGUUCAAAGAGGCUUUUACCAUCAUGGACCAGAACAGGGAUGGCUUUAUUGACAAAGCAGACUUGAGAGACACAUUCGCUGCGCUAGGUCGUCUGAAUGUCAAGAAUGAAGAGCUUGAAGCCAUGGUGAAGGAGGCGCCAGGUCCUAUUAACUUCACUGUCUUCCUUACUAUGUUUGGGGAAAAGCUGAAAGGCACGGACCCAGAAGAAACCAUUCUGAAUGCUUUUAAGAUUUUCGACCCAGAAGGAAAAGGCCACAUAAAGGCAGACUACUUGCCACCCUGUGUCCUGUUCUACAUUCCUUGGAUGCUGGAAGCCAGUUGGAGUUUGGGGCAAAUUAGGAAUGCAGUAUCAUGCUCCAAAAUGAAGAUGAGAGAGGAAUACUUUUAUUUUUCCUUGAUGAAAAAGGUCAACCUUGUCCCUACCCCCACUGCACUGCUAACAUUAGACAAUUGUUUUAGUUCAUCACCACAACAGAGCAUAAUGUUUACUUAUUAGACCCGAGGGUAAUGUUGAUCAUUACAGAACAAACCAUUAAAUCAAUUCCGUGAAUGUCUUUGAGGUUUAACUUCUAUUCAUAUGCUUCCAAAACUUAGACAUUGGAAGGUUUUGAAAUAAUCUUUCUGCUGGCUCAAACAGCCAUUUCAAACGACAGUUAAUGUUAAUAAAUAAUAUUUCUCCAUAUAAAAAAAUCCUGGAAUGUUUCUCUCUAAAAGCAGCCAUACUGACCUUUUAAUAAGAACUUCUUUUUAUGUUCAUGGGGUUAACCUCCUUGUGGGGAUUUUUAUGUCUCUUCCCUCUGCGUGUUUUCACCUCUAGUCUGGAAAUGACUCACUUAGUCCAUCUGAUGGAAGCUGGGAUGGAGUCUUCUAACCUUUCCAGAAGCUCCAGGAGUUUAUAACUUACUUCCAAGUUCAAUGACAGACUUUGUUUAUCUGCAUCAUUAUACCACACAUCAAAUCCUUCCUAUAGCAUGAUGUUAAAAAGAGAAAAUGCUUUUGGUCGCAUUCUCAGCUGGUGUAAACUGGCAUAGCAUUCGGAAAGGUUGGAUGAUUCAGUCCUAAAUGCCAUUUGUGGGACAAAGUGAGUCAGGCCAACAUCAACUGUGCCUCAUCACCAUGCAAAAAAAAGUGUUCAGA